AUGCAGCUCACUGUCGCCGUCCUCAGCCUUGCCAGCAUCAGCCUCAACGCCCUCCCUGCUCAGGCCGCAGCCAUUCCCGCCAAAGACCUUGUUUCCAACGCUGGGCAGGCAACCAACAGCGUCAACCUUUCUGGUUCGGGCACUGAGGGAAACGCUUACAGCGUCGACAACGACGAGCUCUCCAAGCGUCAUACCUACUCUGUUGAUAACGAUGAGCUUGCUAAGCGUCACACCUACUCCGUUGACAACGACGAGCUGGCUAAGCGCCACACUUACAGUGUCGACAAUGACGAGCUAGCUAAGCGCCACACCUACUCUGUUGACAACGACGAGCUGGCUAAGCGCCACACCUACUCCGUUGACAACGACGAGCUAGCUAAGCGCCACACCUACUCCGUUGACAACGAUGAGCUGGCUAAGCGCCAUACCUACUCCGUGGAUAACGAUGAGCUUGCUAAGCGUCACACCUACUCCGUCGACAACGAUGAGCUCGCAUGA